AAGGGGUGGAGUGGGCUGGCAGAAUGGGUGCGCUUUGCCCGCCCAUAAAAGGGGAUGCGAUGGCAUCGCCUUCUGCUCCCUGGCGGGGAGGCGCUGGAAGAGCCGCCUAGAGCUUAGCUUACGCCCCAAAACGUUAAUUUAAAAAAGGGGAGGGGAAAAGCAAUAUUAGCUUUUUCCGUGCCGAGGCUGCUGCUCAUGUCGGAGGCUAUGAUGAGGCGGGCUUAGAUUUCGCCUUCAGUGAUCACAGCCUCCUGUCGCCGCCCGCCCCCUUCCUUCGCGCUCGGGGCUGGGAGGAGAGCGACCAUCUUUGCUUUUUCAAAGCGGCCGAGGCCGAAGGUCUCUCGGGUCCGAAACUGGUCGGGACUCCACGGAGCAAGCACUGAUUGCCCGCCCCUACACACGGAAUGGGACUCUGUGAAGUGCUUUGGCUUUUCUCCGUGCAGGAAAGGGUGCUCUUCGAAAUGCAGUUGAUUUUCCAGUUAUGGCUUAAGUGCGAGUUGUUUCAUUGUACCUACGGAAGGGAAGUCGAAAUCCACGGACAUUCCCUUAAACCAAGAAAGAGCACAGCCCUAAUAUGACACCAGGGCUGAAGGAGAUACCAAGGGUGACAAGGCCAAAGUAAAGGAUGAGCCACAGCGGAGAUCAGCAAGGUUAUCUGCUAAACCUGCUCCUCCCAAACCAGAACCUAAACCUAAAAAGGCAGCUCCAAAGAAGGCUGAAAAGGUACCCAAAGGAAAAAAGGGGAAAGCUGAUGCAGGCAAGGAUGGAAACAACCCUGCAGAAAAUGGAGAUGCCAAAACAGACCAGGCACAGAAAGCUGAAGGUGCUGGGGAUGCCAAGUGAAUUGUGUGAAUUUUUGAUAACUGUGUACUUCUGGUGACUGUACAGUUUGAAAUACUAUUUUUUAUCAAGUUUUAUAACAAUGCAGAAUUUUGUUUUACCUUUUUUUUUUAAAGCUAUGUCGUUAGCACACAGAACGCUUUGUUGUGUUUUGCAGGGAGGAGAGGGGACAAAUGUCAUUGACUCUGUUACUUAGAUCCUGGGCUUUUAAAAGGCCCCCUUCAAUUUUGCUAGAGGGGGUUCUUCAUGGACACAAGGAAGGGGGAUUCUCCAAUAUUGUUCAUCUAUCUUGGUUUCUGAAAUGCUUUUGAGUGUACAUUGAAAUUCCCAAAAUUAUCUGUGUCUGAGGAGAAGGUAAAUUUAAAACUGUUAGACUUGCUCUGUUCUUUCAUUCACAAUGUCAUUUGCAUUGAUCACUCCUCUUGAAUAUGGCGUAGGGUCUUUUGAUACUUGCUCUCUUAAAUCAAACGCAUUCUCACAGUGUCUGGCAAUCCAGACCUCUGGUGUCAAAUACUGAGGGAAGGAGGAUGGCUCUAAAAUGAGCCACAUUUCUUUUUAUAUUGUGAAUCUUCAGAUUAAGAAUUCUGCAGUUUUGCUUUCCUCUAAAAGUCAGGGUAGGCUUGUGAAAAGUUGUUAAACAACAUACUAAAUGUGAAAGUGUCCACCCUCACUCUAAACUUUCCCUGUUCCAAGUAUAAAUUGAAGAUUCUUCAUUGGGUUUUAUAUAGUAACUUUACAUUUUGGUAGUCCAAGGAGGAGGGGAGUUGGAACUUGUUGUAAAACAUUGCAGAUUGUAGCCCAUGUCCUGCCUGAAUACCAUUGAUUGUUUUAUGAAAAGUACCUUUAAUAAAGCUGCAUAUUGUUUGAA